GAGGCACGGUUUCCCGCUUUGCCCUCCUUCCCCGUCUGAGCUCGCGCCGCCCCCGUGAUUGGAUCGCGCGGCCGCUCGAGGCAGAAGAUGGCGGACGGAGUAGAUCAUAUCGAUAUCUACGCAGACGUGGGAGAGGAGUUCAAUCAGGAAACUGAAUAUGGUGCUCAUGAUCAGAUUGAGCUAUAUGAGGAUGUCAUGUCUCCCUCUGCAAAUAAUGGUGAUGCUCCGGAGGACCGUGACUACAUGGAUAACCUUGCAGCAUCGGUUACAGAUGAAGUAGUGAAAGGAUCUGCUCCUAAUGUCGUAUAUACUUAUACUGGUAAAAGAAUAGCGCUGUACAUUGGAAACUUAACCUGGUGGACAACAGAUGAAGAUUUGACAGAUGCUGUUCAUUCGCUGGGUGUUAAUGAUAUUUUGGAAAUAAAGUUCUUCGAAAACCGAGCCAAUGGCCAGUCAAAGGGGUUUGCACUUAUAUGUGUUGGCUCUGAAUCCUCUUCUAAGAAGCUCAUGGAUUUGUUACCCAAGAGAGAGUUACAUGGGCAGAGUCCAGCUGUCACACCAUGCAAUAAGCAGUUUCUUAGUCAGUUUGAAAUGCAGUCAAGGAAAACAGCUGCACAGGCUGGCCAGAUGUCUGGAGAAGGAAAGGCUGGUCCGCCAGGUAUCAAUGCUCGUUUACCAUUCCCACCGGGUGGCAGGGGGAGGGGACGCUUCCCAGCUUCUGGUCCUGGUGGUGACAGAUUUCCUGGACCAACUGGACCCGGAGGGCCUCCACCACCUUUUGCUGGUAUUACUCCUCCAAGACCACCCAUGUGCCCACCGGGUCCUCCAGGACCCCCUGGCCCACCUCCACCCGGACAGCCGCUUCCUCCACCAUUACCUGGUCCACCAAAUCGUGGUGACCGGCCACCACCGCCAGUUCUGUUUCCUGGACAACCAUAUGGACAGCCACCCAUAGUUCCCAUUCCUCCUGGGCCGCCACCUCCUGUAUAUGGUCCUCCACCUGGCCCCCCACCUCCUCAACAAGGCCCACCUCCACCACCUGGUCCCUUUCCUCCACGGCCUCCUGGCCCUCCUAUGGCAAUUGGACCACCACCUCAUUUACCAGGUCCUCCUCCAGGAGGACCCCCACCAGCUCCACAUGUUAAUCCAAACUUCUUUCCUCCUCCUGGCAAUAGUGGUAUGCCGACAUCAGAUAGCCGUGGUCCUCCUCCAUCUGAUCCGUAUGGUCGACCGCCUCCAUAUGACAGAGGGGACUAUGGUCCGCCCGGGAGACUUCCAAUAUCUUGCAGAGACUUGGAUGCUGUUAGAACACCUUUAAGUGAAGCAGAGUUUGAAGAAAUAAUGAAUCGCAACAGAGCAAUUUCAAGCAGUGCUAUUUCCAGAGCUGUGUCUGAUGCCAGUGCUGGAGAUUACGGAAGUGCUAUUGAAACUUUGGUUACUGCUAUUUCUUUAAUUAAACAAUCUAAAGUAUCAGCAGAUGACCGUUGCAAAGUCCUCAUAAGCUCUCUUCAGGAUUGCCUUCAUGGAAUUGAAUCAAAGUCCUAUGGUUCAGGUUCUAGAAGGCGUGAGCGUUCAAGAGAAAGGGACCACAGUAGGUCAAGAGAAAAGAGCAGGCGCCAUAAAUCACGUAGCAGAGAUCGUCAUGAUGACUAUUACCGGGAAAGGAGUCGUGAGCGGGAGAGGCAUCGUGACCGAGAACGUGACAGAGACAGAGAACGAGACAGGGAGCGGGAGUAUCGUCAUCGUUAAGCAGCAAAAAAUCUACAUCACAACAUUUUAACACGUUACAGCUGUAAGAAGAGGAGCAUCUUAAAGAUCACAAGUGUUUUCACCAUGGAGAGGAAGACGCUCAUCCAUCAUUUUGCUUCAUAUGAUUCGACCUCUCAGAAUUCAUGGAUAAAAUGAACAGAUCUAGAUGUGAAUAAAGCAUAUCUGCAAACAUGGUAACCAGUAGAUCUUUUAUUUUUAUGUUGCUUCAAUGUUUUAUUUCAAUGAAACCUGUGUGACUCAAACAUUAAUAGCUUUCUGCAACUUUGACUGGUUAUUCAUUUUUGGCAAUUUCUAGUGUACAAGCAUUUGGAAAGUCCUGUUCUUUCUUGAUUUUAUAGUUAUUUGUUCUUGUUGAAAAUGUUCAUGUUCUGAUGAUACCUGUAAAUGGCACCACCUCGAAUACAAUAGAUGUAGUGUUGUAAUAAAAUGUUAACCGGG